AAAUUGAUGUACAUCUAUAUUGGAAUUGCAUUUUUGCUCAUUUUAUUAUAUUCCUUAGUGAUUAAACCCUUUAUCUAGCUACUACUAAUCAAAAUUAAAUUCGGAAACUAAGCCAAAAUGAUUUUCUUUCCAAUUUUUGGAGAUAUUGUAGAAAUAGAAGGAUCGUACAAAAAAUAUAAUGAUCAUUACGCAUCAAUUAAAAAAUAUUUUAAAGAGAAUAAAGAUUUAAAAUUUCUACUCUUAAAUAUAUUCAAUAUUCCAUUCAUUUUUAUUGGAGAUCCUGAAAUGAUAAAAUAAAUCCAUACAAAUCAUGAUAGUUUCCGAAAAAUAGAUUUUUUAAAUAACAAGUACUACUUAUUGAAAUAUCAAGUUCACGUCUAAUGGGAUAAGGAUUAUUAUUUUAAUAUGGUUAACAGUGGAAAAAUUAAAGAAAAUUAUUAGGAAGACCAUUUGAUUUUGAUAAAUUAAAAGCACGAAUUCCAAUGAUGAAUUAAGUAGUUAAAUUGAAAUUGGCUAAUAAUAAUUAUUAAAAUCCUUUAGAUUUAACAAGAUCUAUAGCAGGAGAAGUUGUAAUUUAAACCUUUUUUGGUAAGGAGGCAGAAAAUGCACAACUUAAUGGAAGGGAAGCUUAAUCUGAAAUUGUCGAAUUGUUCAAUGAUAUAACAGAAGCCAUUUAUGGAUCUUUUUAUGGUUUUCUUAAAUGGAUGAUUAUAGGUGAAAAAUAAUGGAAAAUAUUACCGAAUAAAAAAGAAAGAAACAUAAAUAGGAGAAUUGAAGAACUUAAUAUUUUUGCAAGAAAUGUAAUUGAUAAUAGGAUUACUAAAAUUUAAAAGGAAGGUUUUAAAAAAAAUCAAGAGGAUUUCGAUUUUUUGGAUAUUCAUUUGUAAGAAUUAUUAGAUGAAAAAAAUACUACUGGAAUUACUAAAGAAGAAAUAAUAUCUUAAUUUAUAACUUUAUUUUUCGCUGGGACAGAUACUACUUCUAGUGUUGCUGCAAUGUGUUUAUUUUAUUUAGCUUAAUAUCCAGAAAUUCAUUAGGAAUUACUUAAAGAAAUUUAAACAGUAAUUGGAGAUGGUGAUGUUCUUGAUAUUCAUCUUAAUAAAUUAUAAGAAUUAAAUUCAUUUAUUUUGGAAGUUUUAAGAGUUAGAAAUCCAGCUAGUGGUCCCUUAGUUAGAGUUGCUAAUUAAGAUAUGCUGAUAAAAGAUUUACAUAUUAAAAAAGGAUGGAUUCUCAUGCCAGCUAAUUUUGUUUAAUAAUAAAACGAUAAAUACUUUUAAAAUUAUGAAGAUUUUGAUCAUAAAAGAUUUCUAAAAACUUAAGUAGUAAAAAAUGAUAAUGGUUAUGUUAAUAUUCCAUUUUCUGCAGGACCUAGAAAUUGUAUUGGACAAGUAAUUUCAUAAUCAUAAAAUUUUAGCAUAUGGCUAUGAUGGAAAUAAAAGUCAUAUUAUGUCAUAUUAUAAGGAAUUUUAAGGUUACUCCAGUACCUGAGAAAAUGAAGAAUUUGAAAUGGAAGGCUAAAUUUUUAUAUUUCCAUGAACCUUUAGAUUGCAUCCAAUUAAUCAGAAAUUGAAAUUGGAAAAAAUGAUUAAGCA